CCGCUCUGCAAUCCACUCAAUUAUAUCUUCCACAUGAAAAGCAUUGACCAUAUACGCUAUCUUCCUCCUUCCCCCCGACUUGCAUCCCGAUGUCUCUCCUACGCGAUGUCUUCCGGCACAAAUCUGGUCCAGCGCAAUCCCAAGGUGGCUUCCCUGCGCAAGCACUAUCGUCGAAACGGAGCCUGAAAACCUAUGCCGCGUCGGUAAAAUCAUCUGGUGGCGCAUCGAUACAGUCCCUCGCCCAAUCUAUGGUGAGCUUCUACUCGGCUCUGACGGGCGGGGGCCCGCGCGUCGCGAAGCGGAGGAGGCCGGACAUCUCGCGGCUCGGCGAGUCCACCCCAGCCUCGAGGGAGUGCACCCGUUGGCUAACAUAAGUGACAGGUGUUCCAGCGGAGUGGUACGCCUCCGAUCCGCCGCCGCCUGAGGAGCUCCCGGGAACACUCCCGACGUCGGACUUGCCUGGAUUCACGAUGGCGCACUCGCUGAUUAUGCAUGCAACCGAGGCGGAUAUGAAACCGUGGCUCAAUCUAGUGCUAUUCAGCCAUGCGUUAGAGAACUCGCCUCUCCCAAUGUACCAUAACGCGGCCGAGAUCGCCGGAGAAGUGAGGAUGGUGCUCGAAGAACCAACGGCGCUGGCUAGUAUCGAUAUCUGGCUCGUGGCCAGAUUGGAUAGUAUAGUUGACAUGCAGCAAUUUCCCUUUCUGUCUCUCACUGGCACCCUUUGGAACAAGAAGAUGGGCGACCCGACGACUGGCGGUGUGCUUAAGAAGGGGAGAUUGCCCGCCGGAUCCUACGUGUUCCCGUUUUCGUUUCCGGCGCUUCCAGCAGACACGAUCGUCAAGCAUCCCGACGAUGAGCGCCGCAAGAACAAAGCCCGUGUUCCUCUUCCUCCCACUUUCUCAUUGAGCGUUGUGGGCGGAUUCUCCGGUAACCUCAAGUACGUUGUCGGAGUCAAUGUCGAACGCGAUGGUUUCGGCUCCAUCGACGAGGAAUUCGAGAUGCCCGUCCAAUAUCUCCCGCUGUCAAGAAUUGCACCGAGAGAGACGACGACCUUCCCGUUCCUACCGCUACGAGAAGACUGGCCGUUUACACGCGAAGUUGUGGGUGGAUGGACGUUGACCCCAUUUGGCGGUCGAGGCCGGAUCGGCGAGGAAGUUAUCGAGUUGGAGGGCAUUCUCGGUAUCCAAGAGCCAGCGGUCUACACUGCGGGCCAGAUGCUCGACUUCUCUCUUCUUCUAUGGUCGAAUCAUCCGCUGGGGCUAGAGGCACUCGCGCAGCCGGGUGCCAUUCAAGCGGGGUUUUUCCAAACGGACAUAUUUGCGUCAGAUGCUUUGAGCCCCCGCAACGCGGCGAGAAAGAAUCGCAGACUGCAGUCUUUAGGAUCCGGUCGGGUCUGGAUGGCGGAUGACGGUCCGGAUGGGCCAACACGUGUAUGCACCGUGGUAAAGCUCCCGGAAGCGGCGCCAAAGUCGCCUGCUUCGCCGAAGACCGCACCGGGCUCUCGGUUCCAAAACGUGUGGAGUGCGGAAGACCGAGGCGAAGAAGAGAAGGAGGAACAGGAGGAGCAGGAACCAACGUCGGAGCGACCUGGCUCACCUGCUGGAUCCUUUGAAGGCAUGGAUGAUGAGCCUGACCCAGAACGUGUCGUGCGGCUCGACGGUGAGAUCAAGGUCCCUGCAUGCAGUCAUCCGAGCUUCAGAUACCAGAGUAUGGCACGGGAGUACAUUCUGCAGAUCCUCAUCGCCCACCCACAGUACUCGCACAUCUCCCCAAGUGGUCCUGGCAUCGUCGGCGAAGUGCCGGUUUCGUAUACGCUCAAUCGAUUCGCCCAUGCCACCAAGGCGGAUGUGGAUGUCGAUUACGCACAGCUGCCCGUCAAAGGACGGGCACUGGUCACGGAUGAACACUCCGUUCGACUGCCUGUCGCAGUCGCGCAGCCCACGACAAAACCGCGGCCCACAUUCCAGGCUGCCCGUGUCGCUGCGUUUUAAUUCACACUGAUUAGAAUGAGAGGCAAGCAUAUAAUCGGUACAUUACAGAAGGUUGUAUUAUUGAAUUGCCCGGAAUUCAGAGCGGAAGUUUUGUGACAUAUCUCAUCGGUCACAAGAUCUCCGGAUGACACUGGGGUAUUUGACGCUGAAACGACAAGGAUCGCAGGCAGGGUAAGCAAAAGACGAUCACUUGUAUCCCCUUCAGUUGAGAAUCAUUUCGCACAAGGACUGGCAUCUCUAAGAUCUCUGCCAAUAUGCUUAGUCCCUGCAUGCAUGACCGGAGACACAGACGUCUCCGGCAUGCACUGAAUCCGAUUCGAACUGCGGGGGCUGUCCUCGCCCAUACGCCGUAAAGCCGCCAACUGAAGAGUAGAAGCGAGGCGGAAGGGGGACUUGUAGUAAAAGUGCUCUCAUAAUCGCCCCGAUAUUUCGAAUGGGCCCCCACGCGGAAGUGCGGCAGUUCGAAAUGCCUGAGGAAAGGAGCGAGGAUUUCGGACUAGCCUGAGCGCUGCCGCUCGGUAGACUUCGGCGGACCAGCGUCCGACAUGACAAGCGUCACAUGCCGUGAUCAGGACAAAUACCUCGCUGAACCUCUGAGUGAGAGCACGAUGCCAAGGGUAAUGGGCACUUGAUCAUGACUCAGGCAGCCAGGAGUCCGUCACGUUCCAGCAGGUGACGCUCAACUGUAGCGACAGAAGGCGGGAAGGAGAGCAGGAAGGAGAAGGUUGGUUGCACAGGCACAGCAUAGGCAUUCGAGCAGCAGUCCAUGAAUAUGAAUCAGGGUGAAUGUGGUGUGUCUUCACGUUAGUCUUCGAGGCGGCCUCAUCUCCGAGUUGAUUGGAGAGCGAAGUGUCCUCCGAUAGGCUCCGAUGUGCUCGAGCAACGCCUCACGUUCGAAAAACGGCCUCUUCGCGUCGUGAAGGUAGAGAUGGGGCCCUCUCGAGGAGAAGGGGGAAAUGGGAUGUUGGGUCCCUGGCCUUCCAGUCCAGCUUUCGACUACCAAAAAUUGACGUGCCCCAACAACAGAUCCAUCUCGGUGUAUCUUUAGGCCCCGCCAGUGAAUCGGCAUCCGUCCUACCACAUUUUGCCGCGCGCAUGAUCAUCACGAAUCGACGAGUGUUUGAGGCCAUAUCUUCACUCGCGCGGAUUUGUCGAGGAGCCGGAUUGGGGCACUCGGCGUGGUGAUGAUGGCCGCGUGUCGACUCGGGUGGAGUGUGCGAUGAAUAUCUAUCGACGUCUCUCACCAACUGACCGGCUCAGGGAAAGCCGGGGUAGCAGAGUUCUGUGGGAAGCGUCGAGAAAAUCAGCGGAUUGUGCGGAGCUGACAGAUGGGCAGCUGCAAACCGUGCAGCGCCGUGCUCCUAUCAUAUGCAUGUCGGUCAUCGCACUUGAUCUUUUCGCUGACUCAUUCCGACGGCGACGUCUGGGGUGCCAUCGAGCUUGGGAAAGGGAGUGUACAUCUCGAUUGAGGUGAGCAUUAGAUGAAGUGGUUGACAGUUUGCAAGCAAGAUUAUUACAAGCACUGGGCGUGACUCGAGCCUAGGCUUGAGGUGUGACAAGGGUCACGAGAAAGCAGCGGUCCCGAUCAUUAUCGCCCACAAUGCUUCUGCUCUCUCGCUGGAAAUGCCUCUCAGUUAUCGCCCGGUACAGCAAUAACGAAUCAAGUUUAUCUCUGGCGCAAGUAUGCUGUACUUCAAAACCUCCGAACGGGCAACUUGGUUUGCAUCCGGACAAUCUGGCAGCUUGAGCGAUGGAAAAAUACGUGUACAGCAUUCUAUUCUACUUGGAAUAAUCUCGCCAGACCUUCGCAUCGACGAUCUUUUCUCCAGCACGCUAUCAGGAUCCUGAUCUUGGCACUAUCGUGCUGGUCCCUUAUGCUAUUGCGCCCUCUCUAUUUUUAUCAGCGUGCCUGUCCUAGUGAGUCAUGCGCGCGUGCUGCUGUCUUCUCGAUCGAGAUAUUCCAGGGCCGGUCCUGCCACCGAAGAACUCUCCAGCGUUGCGAUUAACGUCCGAGCAAGCACCCUGUGGGUCGUUAUCUUUGCCAUUGACCACAUCUUUGAUGGCAUGGAAUCUGUAUACUACAAUGUUCUCGAGUCCUCGGAGGACUGUCAGUUUGCUGGCAUGAAUGACAAGAAGACGCCGACAACACAUGGAAUGUGUAGAUCGACCAGCCUAGCUGUUUCGGUAUCUCAUUCCUUCAUCAGACUUGUAUAGCAGGAUGGCCGAUUGGGAAGCAUUGUCAAGUAGCAGGGCGAGACCCCGCUUUCGCCAAUUUCCAAACAACCAGCCAUUCCGCAGAAGCAGAUACUUGCAUAGCUGCUACGCAUAUAACUGCUAAGUUGUGCAAGUUACGGCAGAUAGUCG